AGACUUGUUGUGUCACAAAUCUUCUUUGAAAACUUGAGAGGUUUUGCUCUGCAGUUGAUGCCAGAUUCUCUGCUCUCUCAGAGUUCUUAGAGUAGCACCACCUUCAAAAGCCAAAAAUGGGGUCAAAGCGAAGGGCAGUUGCAAGGCACCAUUCUCUCAGCACCUAUGAGGUCAUGUUUGCAGCUCUCUUUGUCAUGUUGGUGGUGCUCUGUGCUGGUUUAAUCGCAGUGUCCUGGCUGGGAAUCAAGGGAUCAGAAGGAGAUGCAGAAUUUGGAAAAAGUCAUGAAACCAGAGGGACAUUCAAAAUAACAUCUGGAGCUAUAUAUAAUCCUAAUUUGCAAGACAAACUCUCAGUGGACUUCAAAGUUCUUGCUUUUGACAUUCAGCAAAUGAUAGAUGAGAUCUUUCAAUCAAGUAAUCUGAAAAAUGAGUAUAAAAACUCAAGAGUUUUACGAUUUGAAAAUGGCAGCAUCAUAGUCAUAUUUGACCUUCUCUUCUUCCAAUGGGUGUCAGAUGAAAAUGUAAAAGAAGAACUGAUUCAAGGCAUUGAAGCAAAUAAAUCCAGCCAACUGGUCACUUUCCAUAUUGAUGUGAACAGCAUCGAUAUCACAGCAUCUUUGGAGAAUUUCUCUACAAUAAGUCCUGCAACAACUUCAGACAAGUUAACAACUAGAAGUCCUCUGCCAACUCAAGGAAACAUCUCAAUAGAGUGUCCACCUGAUUCAAGGCCAUGUGCUGAUGCACUGAAGUGUAUAGCAAUUGAUUUAUUUUGUGAUGGAGAAUUAAACUGUCCAGAUGGUUCUGAUGAAGACCAUAAAAUUUGUGCCACAGCUUGUGACGGAAAGUUUUUGUUGACUGGAUCUGCUGGGUCCUUCGAUGCUGCCCAUUAUCCAAAGCCCUCUCAAUCAAGUAUUAUUUGCCGGUGGAUUAUACGAGUAAAACAAGGACUUUCCAUUAAAUUGAGCUUCGAUUAUUUUAAUACAUAUUAUACAGAUGUAUUAAAUAUUUAUGAAGGUGUGGGUUCAAGCAAGAUUUUAAGAGCUUCUCUCUGGGAAAAGAGCCCUGGCACAAUUAGGAUUUUUUCCAACCAAGUUACUGCCACCUUUCUUAUAGAAUCUGAUGAAAAUGAUUAUAUUGGUUUUAAUGCAACAUAUACUGCAUUUAACAGCACAGAGCUUAAUAAUUAUGAGAAAAUCAACUGUAAUUUUGAGGAUGGCUUUUGUUUCUGGGUCCAGGAUCUAAAUGAUGAUAAUGAGUGGGAAAGGGUUCAGGGAAACACUUUUCCUCCCUUGACUGGACCAAAUUUUGACCACACUUUUGGCAACGAUUCAGGAUUUUACAUUUCUACCCCAACUGGACCAGGAGGGAGACAAGAAAGAGUGGGACUUUUAAGUCUCCCUUUAGACCCCACUUUGGAGCCAGUCUGCCUUAGUUUCUGGUAUUAUAUGUAUGGUGAAAAUGUCUAUAAAUUAAACGUUAACGUCAGCAGUGACCAAAACAUGGAGAAGACAAUUUUCCAAAAGGAAGGAAAUUAUGGAGAAAAUUGGAACUACGCACAAGUAACAUUAAAUGAAACAGUGGAAUUUAAGGUUGUUUUUAAUGCAUUUAAAAAUGCAUACCUGAGUGAUAUAGCAUUGGAUGAUAUUAGCCUAACAUAUGGGAUUUGCAAUGUGAGUCUUUAUCCAGAACCAACCUUGGUCCCAACUCCUCCACCAGAACUUCCUACGGACUGUGGAGGACCUUUUGAACUGUGGGAGCCCAAUACAACAUUCACUUCGAUGAACUUCCCAAACAACUACCCUAACCAGGCUUCCUGUGUUUGGAAUUUAAAUGCACAACAGGGAAAAAAUAUCCAGCUUCAUUUUCAAGAAUUUGAUUUAGAAAAUAUUGCAGAUGUAGUUGAAAUCAGAGAUGGUGAAGGAGACGAUUCCUUGCUGUUAGCUGUGUACACAGGGCCUGGUCCAGUAAAGGAUGUGUUCUCAACCACCAACAGGAUGACUGUUCUUUUUAUCACUGAUGAAGAGUUGGCAAAGGGAGGAUUUGAAGCAAAUUUCACUACUGGGUAUCACUUGGGGAUUCCUGAGCCUUGCAAGGAGGACAACUUUCAGUGUAAAGAUGGAGAGUGUGUUCCACUGGUAAAUCUCUGUGACGGGUUUCCACACUGUAAAGAUGGGUCAGAUGAAGCACAUUGUGUGCGUCUUUUCAAUGGUACAACAAGCAACAGUGGUUUGGUGCAAUUCAGAAUCCAGAGCGCAUGGCAUGUAGCUUGUGCUGAGAACUGGACCACCCAGAUCUCAGAUGAUGUUUGUCAGCUGCUGGGACUAGGGAGUGGAAACUCAUCCAUGCCAAUCUUUUCUACUGGAGGUGGACCGUUUGUAAAAUUAAACACAGCACCUAAUGGCAGCUUAAUACUAACACCAAGUAAACAGUGCUUAGAGGAUUCACUGAUUCUAUUACAAUGUAACCAUAAAGCUUGUGGGAAAAAACUGGUGGCUGAUGAAGUUAGCCCGAAGAUUAUUGGAGGAGAUGAUGCCAGAGAAGGAGCCUGGCCCUGGGUCGUGGCUCUGUAUUACGACAACAAACUGCUCUGCGGAGCUUCGCUGGUCAGCAGGGACUGGCUGGUGUCCGCCGCCCACUGCGUGUACGGGAGGAAUUUAGAGCCAACCAAGUGGAAAGCAAUCCUAGGCCUGCAUAUGACAUCAAAUCUGACUUCUCCUCAAAUAGUAACUCGGCAGAUUGAUCAAAUUGUCAUAAAUCCACAUUACAAUAGACGGAGAAAGGACAGCGACAUUGCCAUGAUGCACCUUGAAUUUAAAGUGAAUUACACAGAUUAUAUACAACCUAUUUGCUUACCAGAAGAAAAUCAAGUUUUCCCUCCAGGAAGAAUUUGUUCUAUUGCUGGCUGGGGGACGGUUGUAUAUCAAGGUCCUCCUGCAGACGUAUUGCAAGAAGCUGAUGUUCCCCUUCUCUCAAAUGAGAAAUGCCAACAACAGAUGCCCGAAUACAACAUUACAGCGAAUAUGGUGUGUGCCGGCUACGAAGAAGGAGGGGUAGAUUCGUGCCAGGGGGAUUCGGGAGGACCACUAAUGUGCGAAGAAAACAACAGAUGGUUUCUCGCUGGUGUGACAUCAUUUGGAUACCAGUGUGCGCUGCCUAAUCGCCCAGGGGUGUACGUCCGGGUCCCGAGGUUCACAGAAUGGAUACAAAGCUUUCUAUAUUAGACUGUUUCCUAAAACAAAGAUGAAUAUGAGGCAGCUUUCCCAUUCUACUUUAAGAAGUAUGAAAAUUGAGAGUUUUGAAAAAAUUGUUUCUAAAAGCCUUUAUUCUUAACUAAGCCACUGAAAUGCUGAGUGGAAAAAUGAUCUUUACAGUACAAAGUAACUUUGAAACAAUACAUUUUGAUUUUAUUGGGAACAGCUAUUCUUUCACAGAUAUCAUUAUUUCCUAUGGUCUUAAUCAUUUUUAUCAUAUUCUCUAUAAAGGAAUGUUAUUUUAAAGUAUAAACUAUUACACUUAAAGUUUGAGCAAAAUUAGGAAAAGAAAGGAAAUAAGACUGUUUUGCACAAAGUAUGUUAUUGUUUGAAACAGACUGCUAUAAAUUAUCUAAUUCUAGCUUUGAUCACUAUUAUCAGAAUCUCAAUUGUCUCCCUACUUUCCUAUCCAAAUGCAUUUCCAAUCCAUCUUGAGCACAUCCUUAAUAUUUCCUCCACUUAUAAAAAAAUACUUAUUGUAAGCUCAUGUCACAGACCUGGACUACACUGAAUGCACAAUUCUCUCAAAUAAGCUUAUUAAACUAGCUUAGCAAACUAGUACAAGUCUAUAUGUCACCGCUGUAUCAAAAUAAAAGCUAAAUUAACUAACACUG